UGGGUCUAGUAAAUCAGGCAAUGACCUGUUAUUUGAACAGUCUUCUACAAACUCUUUACAUGACUCCUGAAUUUAGAAAUGCAUUAUAUAGAUGGGAAUUUGAAGACUCUGAGGAAGAUCCAGUAACAAGCAUCCCUUAUCAGCUUCAAAGAUUGUUUGUUUUAUUGCAGACCAGCAAAAAGAGAGCAAUUGAAACUACAGAUGUUACAAGAAGCUUUGGAUGGGAUAGUAGUGAGGCGUGGCAGCAGCACGAUGUGCAGGAACUCUGUAGAGUCAUGUUUGAUGCUUUGGAACAAAAAUGGAAACAAACGGAGCAGGCUGAUCUCAUAAAUCAGCUCUACCAAGGCAAGCUGAAGGACUAUGUAAGAUGCCUGGAAUGUGGCUAUGAGAGCUGGAGAAUUGAUACUUACCUGGAUAUUCCAUUGGUUAUUCGACCUUAUGGCGCCAAUCAGGCCUUUGCUAGUGUGGAGGAAGCUCUACAUGCUUUCAUUCAGCCUGAGAUUCUUGAUGGUGCCAAUCAGUAUUUCUGUGAACGAUGCAAGAAGAAAUGUGAUGCAAGAAAGGGAUUGCGAUUCUUGCAUUUUCCUUAUUUGCUGACCUUGCAGUUAAAAAGAUUCGAUUUUGAUUAUACCACUAUGCAUAGAAUAAAACUUAACGACCGUAUGACAUUUCCGGAAGAGCUAGAUAUGGGCUCAUUCAUUGAUAUUGAAGAUGAGUCUCCUCAAACAGAGAGCUGCACUGAUAGUGGAGCAGAGAAUGAAGGCAGUUGUCACAGUGAUCAGAUGAGCAAUGACUUUUCUAAUGACGAUGGCAUUGAUGAAGGAAUAUGUCUUGAAAACAAUAGUGCUGCUGAAAGAAUUUCAAAAGUUGUUAGUGAAAAGAAUUCAUUACUAUAUGAAUUGUUUUCUGUUAUGGUUCAUUCGGGAAGUGCAGCUGGCGGUCACUAUUAUGCAUGCAUAAAAUCCUUUAGUGAUGAUCAGUGGUACAGUUUCAAUGAUCAACAUGUUAGCAAGAUAACUCAUGAAGACAUUAAGAAAACUUAUGGUGGAACAUCUGGAAGCCGUGGCUACUACUCCAGUGCUUUUGCAAGCUCGACAAAUGCAUAUAUGCUUAUAUAUAGAUUAAAGGAUACAACUAGAAAUGCAAAGUUCCUAGAGGUCAAUGAAUAUCCAGAGCAUAUUAAACGAUUAGUAGAAAAAGAAAAGGAACUGGAAGAACAAGAAAAGAGGCAGCGUGAAAUAGAACGCAAUACUUGCAAGAUAAAAUUAUUCUGUAUGCAUCCUGUAAAACAAAUAAUGAUGGAAAAUAAACUGGAAGUUCAUAAAGAUAAGACUCUGAAGGAAGCUGUGGAGAUGGCUUAUAAGAUAAUGGAUUUAGAAGAGGCAGUUCCUUUGAAUUGCUGUCGUCUUGUUAAAUAUGAUGAGUUCCAUGAUUAUCUGGAACGAUCCUAUGAAGAAGAAGAUGACACUGCAAUGGGAAUCUUGCUUGGUGGUGUUAAAUCAACAUACAUGUUUGAUCUUCUUCUGGAAACCAGGCAAUCUGAUCAGUCUUUCCAAUGUUACAAACCUGGUGAAGUCAUGGUAAAGGUUCAUGUUGUCGACCUAAAACAGGACACAGUGGCUCCUCCAAUUAGUGUCCGUGCUUAUUUGAACCAGACAGUUACAGAAUUCAAGUAUCUCAUUUCAAAGGCUGUACAUUUACCUGCUGAAACAAUGCGUGUUGUUUUGGAACGUUGCUAUAAUGAUUUGCGUCUUCUCGGUGUGGCCAACAAAACGCUUAAAGCUGAAGGCUUUUUUAGGAGCAAUAAAGUAUUCAUUGAAAGUUCAGAUUCUCAAGAUAGACAGCUGCCAUUUACAGAUUCUCUGUUAUGGAAACUCCUAGACCGCCACGCAAAUACAAUCAGACUGUAUGUUUCAUUACCAGAACAGUCUCCUGGAUCAGUGUUCAGAAGGACAAUAUUUCAAAAGGCGAGUGGAGAUUCAGGCAAUUUAGAUGCAAUUUGUGAAGCAGGGAAAGGAUCUUUACUUAAUACAAAAUCUGUAGAAGCUAUCCUAGAAGAGAGCACUGAAAAACUUAAAACCUUGUCCUUACAGCAGCAGCAGCAGGAAGGAGAUAAUGGUGACAGCAGCAGGAGCACAGAGGCCAGUGACUUUGAAAAUAUCGAAUCGCCUUCCAAUGAGGCAGAUUCAUCAGCAUCAACAGAAAACCAGGAACUCGAAAACCAAAUUCAGGUUUCUGAUACAGAAAAUUUUCAGUCAGAAGAGCGGUCAGAUUCCGAUUUAAACAAUGACAGGAGCACAAGCUCAGUGGACAGUGAUAUUCUUAGUUCCAGCCACAGCAGUGACACAUUAUGCAAUGUCGAUAAUGCCGCUGUAACCUUGGCGAAUGGACUUGAUUCACACAGCAUAACGAGCAGCAGGCGAUCCAAAGCCAAUGAAGGGAAAAAGGAAACAUGGGAUACGGCUGAAGAGGAUUCUGGAACCGACAGUGAAUAUGAUGAAAGUGGGAAAAGCAGGGCAGAAGCACAGUUUAUGUACUUCAAGGCAGAGCCCUACAUCGCAGAGGAAGGUUCAGGAGAGGGGCAGAAAUGGUUGUUGAUUCAUGUUGAUAAAAGAAUUACACUCUCUGCCUUCAAACAACUCUUGGAGCCGUUUGUUGGAGUUCCAUCUUCUCAGUUUAAGGUCUUUCGAAUUUAUGCCAGCAAUCAAGAAUUUGAGAGUGUCCGAUUGAAUGAAACUCUUUCAUCCUUCUCAGAUGAUAACAAGAUAACUAUUAGGUUUGGAAGAGCACUGAAGAAAGGGGAAUACAGAGUCAAGGUAUUCCAACUUUUGGUGAAUGAUCCAGAGCCCUGCAAGUUUCUUAUAGAUUCAGUUUUUGCUAAGGGAAUGACUGUGCGGCAAUCAAAAGAGGAGUUACUUCCUCAGCUCAGGGAGCAAUGUGGGCUGAAUUUGACUGUUGACAGAUUCCGCCUAAGAAAAAAGACCUGGAAAAACCCAGGAACUGUGUUUCUGGAUUAUCAUAUCUAUGAAGAAGAUAUUAAUAUUUCAAGUAACUGGGAGGUUUUCCUAGAAAUACUUGAAGGAGCAGAAAAAAUGAAAUCGAUGUCACAACUUGCUGUUCUGUCAAGAAGAUGGAGGCCAUCAGAGAUGAAGCUAGAUCCUUUUCAAGAAGUAGUUUUAGAGAGCAGUAGUGUUGAUGAAUUAAAAGAAAAGCUUAACGCAAUAAGUGGAGUCCCCUCAGAAAAUAUUGAAUUUGCAAAGGGCAGAGGGACAUUUCCCUGUGAGAUCUCCAUUCUAGAGAUACAUCAAGAUUUGGACUGGAAUCCGAAGGUCUCCACACUGAAUGUAUGGCCUCUCUACAUCUGUGAUGAUGGAGCAGUGAUAUUUUAUAGGGAUAAAACCGAAGAAAUGGUGGAACUAACUGAAGAACAGAGAAAUGAACUCAUGAAAAAAGAAAGCAGUAGACUUCAGAAAACUGGACAUCGUGUGACCUACUCCCCUCGUAAAGAAAAAGCACUAAAAAUAUAUCUUGAUGGAGCGCCAAAUAAAGAUUUGACUCAAGACUGA